AUGGAUGUAAUUGGAACCAUUAACCCUCUUGCUUCAAACGGGCAUCGAUUUAUUCUGGUGGCAAUUGAAUAUUUUACUAAGUGGGUCGAGACUGAGUCUUACAAGCAUGUGACUAAAAAGGUGGUGGCCGAUUUUCUAAGAAAACACAUCAUUUGUCGUUUUGGUGUGCCAGAGACAUUGAUCACCGACAAUGCCAAGAAUCUCGACAAUGACAUGGUGGAUGGAUUGUGCGAGCAGUUCAAGAUCAAACAUCGGAAUUCCACUAUUUAUAGACCGCAGAUGAAUGGAGCAGUGGAGGCCGCGAAUAAAAACUUGAAGAAGACAAUCCGCAAAAUGACUGAAAGGUAUCGUGAUUGGCACGAGAAGCUCCCCUACGCAUUAAUGACAUAUCGAAUGACUAUUCGGACUUCUACUAAGGCAAUGCCUUACAACCUCAUGUACGGAAUGGAAGCAGUUCUGCCAGCUGAGGUUGAAAUUCCUUCACUGCGCAUACUAAUGGAGGUCAAAUUGGAUGAAGCUGAUUGGAUUAAACAACGUCAUGAGCAGUUGUCUUUGAUUGAUGAGAAGAGAUUAAAUGCCAUUUGUCAUGGUCAAUGCUAUCAAAAGAGAAUGGCCCGUGCUUACAACAAGAAGGUCAUGGUGCGACUGUUCAAAGAAGGAGACAAAGUGUUGAAACGGAUUUUGCCUGUACAAGAGGAGGCUAAAGGCAAGUUUGCCCCAAAUUGGCAGGGCCCUUUUGUUGUCAAGAAAAUGUUGCCUGGUGGAGCACAUAUUCUCACUGAAAUGGAUGGACAAGUUUUUCCCCAACCAAUCAAUUCAUAUAUGUGUAAGAAAUUCUUCAUCUGA